AUGCCUCCUCACUCUGCCGUUCACAUCUUACCACCUCAGUAUCAAGACGGUCGUUUCCAACCAAACACGGCCGAUCGUUCUCAGGAUUCUGGAAUCUCUCAUAACAGUGCCGGUGUCCUUGUCAUAGACAACCUCGAAAAUGCUGCCAACCAAAUUUUGACUCAGCCCAACGCGACUGUUCCAGCUCCACCACCAACUUCCUCCUCUCUAACCCAGCCAUUGUCAAAAAAGAGAAAACUGAUUGCUCAGUCCGAUGAGUCUGCUCUACCCCAAUCGGUCGAAUGUCUCCUCAAGAAGACCUACAACGAACUGGUUGUCUGUGCACAGGAGAACUCAAAGGGAUCAAUGUCCCAAGCUGAUCGCGACUUCUUUCUUAAUUUCUAUGAGGAGCAAAGGCAGCUCCUGGCAAUCAAGGCCAUUGAACGACAGAUCUCUAUGCCCAUGGUUGAUGCAUUCUUGGGAAAGCGACUUGCCCUCAAAGGGCCCAACUGCUGGAACCAGUUCCUUAAGACCCCUGAAGCUCGUGCAAUAUUCAAAGAAGCUGGUGGUGUUGAUGAUGACUCAGCAAUGAAGAAGGUCUCUGAGUUGUGGCACAAGCUCACUCCCGAGGAGAAGAAAUCGUUCGCCAAGCAUGUUGACGAUGGGUUGACCGAUGAGGAACGAGCUCUUGAUGAUGAUCCGUCAGGCGAGUUGGACCUUCCUGUUGAGACUGAUAUCCCAAUUGCAUCAGGACAGGUGGGCAUCAGAGCUACAAGUAUACGCAGCGAGGCAUCAUUCCGGCAGGACUACCAGCACGUACAAGCAUUUGUCAACCAGGUUGUUGAAAAUGCUACUCAUGUCGCUGCAACCUACAAUGCUCAAUUCGUCGUUUUUGCGGUAUCAAACCACCUCGGCCCUAGCACAUAUCAAAUCUCCCAAUGUACCCCAGGCGCCAGGGUCUUCCUCCAGUAUGCGAAGGAUGUUGAUGCCGAACAUCACUAUGCGGCUCGAUUCCAAUCACACAUCACUGGCUACAGUGUUGCACAGAUUGCUGACUUGGCAAAUAAGGUCCCAAAACGUGGGGAGGCUAAAACAGAAGGUGUUAUCAAAAAGUGGCAUUGGACCGAUACCCACGAAAAACUUGCCAAGGCUGGCUUCCGUCUGGUGGUGGCGCCGUCGGCUAGGAUCAACCCCAACUGGAUCACCCAGCCAAGUCGACAGCUCCUGGUUGAUCAAGUGGGAUUGCUUCACUUAGACUUGGACGACAAACAGAUCGAUAUUGUACGUGUUCCAUGGAAGCAAGCUGGAGCAACUGAUCGGUCCAGCCCCAGAAGCUCUCUUGGCAGUACCCCAGAAGGUACUCCACCUCCGGCACACAGCAUCAAUCAUCAACAAGGUACUGAUCAGUAG